UUUUUCUUAAUCCUUUCAUAACGAGAUUGUUGACAUUGUUAAAACGAUGUCUAUGAAUUAUUAGAAUUGCUCUUAUUAAAAUAAAUAAAUGCAAAAUGAGUGAUUUUUUGACAUCUAAUAAUAUUUGUGCGCAAAAUUUAUUACGAUUGGUAUCUCGUGGAAAUGCUAUUAUAGCAGAAUUAAUGAGAUUAAAGGACUAUGUACCACCUGUAUUUAGUUUGGAUUCAAAACCAAUUGUACAAAAAUAUGGAUCUAUUAUAAUUGAUUUUAUAUAUUUUAAAUCUGUUAGUACUUAUGAACAAAAAAUAGAAAGUGAUCCAAUACUUCAAGAAACAGAUGAAGAAUUACGAAACAAUUUUUCUGAUAUAAUUUCAAGAUUUUAUUUAGCUUUUGAAAGUGUGCACAAAUACAUAACAGAUUUGAAUCUUUAUGUAGAUGAAUUAGGAGAUGGAAUAUAUAUUCAUCAAUCUAUAGAUACUAUUAUGCUCAAUGAAGAAGGAAGACAAUUAAUGUGUGAAGCAGUAUAUUUAUAUGGAGUUAUGUUACUUUUGGUUGAUUAUCAUUUCGAAGGAUGUAUAAGAGAGAGAUUACUUGUAUCCUAUUAUCGAUACAAUGCUCAACGUUCAUCCUCUACAAGAGUAGAUGAUGUAUGUAUGUUAUUGCGAUCAACAGGAUUUUCUAAAAUUUCUAAUAAACGACCUGCAAAUUAUCCUGAAGACUAUUUUAAAAGAGUAUCAUUAAAUGAUUCUUUAAUUGAACAUAUUAUUGGACGUUUACGUUCUGAUGAAAUAUAUAAUCAAAGUCUUGCUUUUCCACACCCAGAACAUCGUAGUACUGCUCUCUCUAAUCAAGCAUCAAUGUUAGUUAUAAUUUUAUCAUUUAAGCCAAUCAUGUUACAUACUCACACAGCUAUAAUGAGGGAAAUAGUAGAUAGAUUUUUUCCUGAUAAUUGGGUAAUCAGUAUUUAUAUGGGAAUAGUAAUAAAUUUAUGUGAUUGGUGGUUACCAUAUAAAGCAGCAAGAACAGCUCUCAAUAAUACUUUAGAAUCAUCAAAUGUAAAAGUAAUUGCACAAAACUAUGGUCAAAAAAUGAAGAAAUUAAUAUCUGAAACAGAAGAAGUACAAUUAGCAGUGACAUUAGAUGAAAGUGCAAUAGGGUCUCUAGUUAAAUUAGUAAGGGAAUGCAAUGUAACAUUACAUUGGAUACUUUUACAUACAGCAGUGUCAACUAUAUCAUUAGAAGAUUCAAAACGAUCACGUAUGCUUAAACAAUUGAUAGUAACUGAAAGCAAAUAUAAUAUAUCCCAUUGUCUUCAAUUGUUAUUAAGUACUGCUCAGAUUGAGCAAAGUGUUAAACAUUUAUAUAAACAAUUAUUAUUUGGUAAAGAAACUAAAUGGCUUAGAGAUAAAGAAACAUGUGUUGAACGUAUAACAGAUCUUGCACAAAUAUUUGGAGGUAAUAAAUCACUUGAUGGUAUUGAAAGAAAUCAAAAUCUACAUGCAUGGUUUUUAGAGAUAAGUAAACAUAUUGAUUCAUUACAACAAGAAGAUGCAAGAAAAAUAGUGCAAUUGGUACAAGCAUUAGAAGAAGUACAAGAAUUUCAUCAAUUAGAAAAUAAUUUACAUAUAUCGCAAUAUUUAGCUGAUACACGGGAAAUAUUGCAUAAUAUGUUGCGCACAGGAAAUAUAACAGAAGAUACUAUGAUAAGUUUGAAUAUAGUGACAGAUUGUUGUUAUGCAUGGAAUAUAAUGGAAUCAUUUAUUGAUACUAUGCAAGCUAGCAUAAAAGAAAAUCCUCCUACUGUGAUAAAAUUAAAAGCACUUUUUUUAAAAAUGGCUUCAGCUUUAGAAACUCCUUUGUUAAGAGUAAAUCAAGCACGGAGUGCAGAUUUAUCAUCAGUAUCGCAAUAUUAUAGUAGAGAAUUAGAAAAAUAUGCAAGACGCGUUCUUCAAAUAAUACCCGAAACUGUAUUUGGUUUACUUGCUGAAAUAGUGUAUCUUGAAACUAAUGCUUUUAAAGAAAUUCCUACUAAACUCCCAAAAGAUAAAUUGAAAGAUUAUGCACAAUUAGAUGAUAGAUUAAAAAUGGCUAAAUUAACAUAUGCUGUAUCAGUAUUUACAAAGGGAGUAUUAUCUUUAAGAAGUGUUCCAUUAGGUGUAUUAAGAGUUGAUUCUCAUCGUCUUUUGGAAGAUGGUAUACGACAAGAACUUGUGAAAAAAGUAACAUUGGCUUUAGAUAGUGGUCUUAUUUUUGAACCAAAAUCAAAAUCAUUCCAGAUAUCAUUGUUACAAAAACUUCAUAAUUUAGCAGCAAUAAUAGAUGGUUAUCGCAAAUCGUUUCAGUAUAUUCAAGAUUAUAUAAACAUUAAUAGUUUAAAAAUAUGGCAUGAAGAAAUAACAUAUAUUAUAAAUAAUGCAGUGGAAGAAGAAUGUAUUGGUUCUUCUUGGACUUCAGAAAAGUCAUGGAGAUAUUUCCAAGAAGAAAAACAUGUUUCUAUUUCAGACAAUAACAUUACUACUUUUAUUGGUAGACUUGCUCGUGAGUUACUUCGAAUUACAGAUCCUAGAACAACUAUCUAUAUUGAACAUUCUCUUGCCUGGUAUGAUCUUAAAACGCAAACAGAAGUAUUAAAUUAUAAAAUUUUUUCAAAAACAUUGGAAGCAAUUGGUACACCUGGUUUAACAGGUCUUGACAAACUUAUUUCAUUUUACAUUAUAACUGAAUUAAACAGUAUGAUACACUAUAUAGAAAAAAAUAUUCGUAAUAAAAUGUGGUCAUCUACAAUUGAUCAUUUUGAUACAAUAUUAAAUUCUGUGGAUAGUCCUAAAGGUAAUAUAUCAAAAUUUCACAGUACUACUCAAACAAGUAAAUUUUGUCCUCAACUACUUGAAUGGAUAUUAAAAAUUGGGCAUUAUCAACUUCUUAAGAAAAAAAUAGCAUAUGAAUUGAAUACUGCUUGUAAAUUUGAAGCAAAGCAUAUGGAAGCAGCAUUACAAACAUUAAAUAUAGCUAUAUUAUUUGAAAUUAAUAAACACAAUAAUAAUGAACAAAAUGAAAUUGAAAAAAAAGAAUUACUACGUGAACUUAAUAUCAGAUUAGAUUGGGCUGGUAUAAAUAAUCCUCAUAAUAAUAUUUAUAUUAAAUCGCCAAAUAUAAAUAAUAUUGCUAUCAUUAUGUUUUUACUUACUAUAUUACAAUUACCUAAACUUUACUAUUGUAAAAACACAGGAAGUCUUUUGAGUAAAAGACCUCAAGAUCCUCUUGAUGCUGUAAUUUUUGUUAUUGGAAUACUAACUAUUUUACGUCAAUGUACUUUUUCUGCAAUGACGCGUUAUGUUAAAUAUCUUUGUAUAUACAUCCUUUCGUGUGUUACUUCAGAUAGUGUAAAAGCAGGAAGUGAUGGAGAAUCCGAAAUAUCUAAUAUUUUACAUAUUUUAGAACUGUUUACAAAAUAUUCUGGUAUAUCACGAUCACUUAUACUUAAAGAAAUACCUAUUAUUAUCAUGGAUCAUUUUCAAGCAAAAACAUCUAAAUAAUAUAAAAAUAAUAUAAAAAUAA